AUGCUACGUCAAGCUGUCUCUGCCGCCGCUGCCCACUCAAGGAGCCAGCUGCCCCGGGUGAUCUUCUCAGGCAUUCAACCAACCGGAAUACCUCAUCUGGGUAAUUAUGCGGGAGCUUUGAGCCAAUGGGUUCAGCUGCAGGACACAGAGCCCAGCACCAGCAAAAUCAUCUUCUCCGUCGUCGAUCUCCAUGCCAUCACAACGCCACAGCCUCCGCAGCAGCUCAGGCAAUGGAGGAGGGAGGCUCUAGCCGCUCUUUUGGCCAUUGGCUUACACCCUGACAGAGCUACCAUCUUCUUCCAGUCGUCGGGCGCACUCCUGACCGCUUGUUACCCCAAGGUUCCUGCACAUUCGGAGCUCAUGUGGAUCUUAAGCUGCACCGCUUCAGUAGGAUAUCUGUCCAGGAUGACACAGUGGAAGAGCAAACUUAACCUAGAUAAUGCCUCUAGUUUAGAUGACCGAGGCGUUGGUUCUAAACUGAAGCUUGGGCUCUUCUCCUAUCCUGUUCUUCAAGCAGCCGAUAUCCUAGUUCACCGAGCUACGCAUGUUCCAGUGGGCCACGACCAAAAGCAACACCUUGAGUUUGCUAGAGAAUGUGUCACCAAUUUUAACCAUGCAUACGGAGACCAUUUAGUACAGCCAGAAACUCUUAUAUCUCCAGUUCAUCGUGUCAUGUCUCUAACUGACCCAAGCUCCAAGAUGUCGAAAUCGCACAAGCUAGAUCGCUCUCGUAUCCUAAUCACUGAUUCUCCAGAACAAAUCAAAGCCAAGAUAGGCUCUGCUCUGACUGACUCCAUCCCUGGCAUUUCCUAUGAUAUCGAGAACAGGCCUGGAAUAUCCAAUCUCCUGUCAAUCCUCUCCCUCUUUGAUGACCGGAAAAGAAGUGCUACACAGCUCGGGGCUGCUUACAGUGACCUCUCACCCAAACAAUUCAAACAGAUAGUGUCCGAAGCCAUUAUUCAAGGCUUUGCAAGCGUAAGAAAGCGCUAUCUAGAGCUUUUGAGCUCAGACAACGAUUAUCUCGAGAAAGUCGCGGCAGAAGGGGCUCGCAAGGCAAAUCAGAGUGCUGAAGAAACCAUGUCCUUGGUGAGGGAAGCUGUAGGCUUCUAA